AAACCAUCCUCUACAAAAUCAUCGUGGUUGAAUACAACAAUCUAAGAUAACCAAUAACUGAGAAGAUCAAAAAGAAUAAGAAAAAAAGCAAAAAAGAAAAUAAAAAAUGGCAAAAAUCUUCUCAGUUUUGGUUAUCUGCAUCAUUGUAUUUGCUCACCAGACAGCCGCAGAGAUACUCACAGGCAAUGCCUUAAUCCAAAGUGUAUGCAAUCUAUCAGGAAGUGACAAAGAUCUCUGUGUCGAAGUUCUUUCUUCCGACCCAUCAAAGCCACUAAACGCCGAUCUUACAGACUUAGCCAUUGUAGCCCUAAAAGUUGCUGCAAAAAACGCUUCUGGAAUUCUAACCGACGUGAAGAUGUUGAUCGACGACGCUGAUUUAAACCCUGAAAUUCAACAAGGUUUGGCUGAUUGUAAGGAAACAAUACUUGAUGCUGAAUCUCAGCUUGAAGAUACCAUUGCUGCAUUGUUGAUUGAAGCUGAUGUUGAUGCUCAAACAUGGUUGAAGGCUGCUCUGGCUGCUAUUACAACCUGCGAUGAUUCUAUUCCUGGCAGCGAUGAUGUUUUGUCUGUCAAGAGUAAGAAUUUCCGCAAAUUAUGCAACAUUGUUGUUAUUAUUACCAAGACUAUGCCUCCACGCAUCCUUUAAAUAUAAGUUAUGUUUUAAGUGAUCUUCACUAUGUAAUAAAUGGAUCAAUGCUUUUGUUAAUUUUUCAUAUCUUUUUCUGAUAUGUUAAAUGAAUCUUUUGUGAUUCUAUAGUAUGAAAAGUAUUGUUCAUUUUUC